GUUUAUCAUUGUGGGACCGGCCAUCGGUCACCCCGGACCCAACAAGGAGAAGACUGGUCUGGCCGAGCACCACAGGCCUGUGCCCACUUCCUGCGUUAGGAGAAUAAAUUGGGCCCUGGAGGGACCCUCUGAGGGCAGAGCCACAGAGGCAGCACAGAGGGAAGCCACACCCUCCCAACCAAACGCAGCUGCAGCCUCAGGUCUCCCGUCCUCACAGCUGGUGCUGGGGGUCCAAGUGCUCCCCCUCCAGGCCCCCUGCAGAUGCUGUGGCUGCUGUUCCUGACCCUCCCCGGCCUGGGGAGCUCUGUGCCUGUGACCCCGGGCCCUGGCCCGGGACGCGAGCUGGUGGGCAUCGUGGGUGGGUGCGAUGUCUCAGCCAGGAGGUACCCGUGGCAGGUCAGCCUGAGGUUCUACAACAGCAAACGUCGCCAGUGGGUGCACCAAUGUGGGGGCUCCCUCAUCCACCCCCAGUGGGUGCUGACCGCUGCCCACUGCAUGGAGCCGGAAAACAUGACGCCUUCUAAAGCUGGGGUCCAAGUCGGGCAGCUGAGACUCUAUGACCAUCGCAAGCUGACAAUGGUGAAGCAGGUCAUCCGACACCCCAAGUUCAACUCUAGCCAGGGUGCUAAGGGGGGCGCAGACAUCGCCCUGCUGAGACUGGAGGCCCCCGUGACCCUCUCCGCUGAUGUCAACCUGGUCUUGCUCCCGCCUGCCUCACUGAGGGUCCCCGAGAGGAAGAUGUGCUGGGUGACCGGCUGGGGUAAUAUCAAUUACAAAUCACCACUGCCCCCGCCCUACCACCUGCAGGAGGUGGAGGUGCCCAUCGUGGGGAAGGAGGUCUGUAACCAGCGCUAUCAGAAAGUUGAGAAGAACCCCAGACCAAUCAAGGAGGACAUGCUGUGUGCGGGGAGCGAGGGCCGGGACUCCUGCCAGGGUGACUCCGGGGGCCCCUUGGUGUGCAGCUGGAAUUGCACCUGGGUCCAGGUGGGGGUCGUCAGUUGGGGCCACCAGUGUGGUCUUCGAGACUUCCCUGGGGUGUACGCCCGGGUGACGAGCUACAUGUCCUGGAUAAGCCAGCACGUCCGUCUGUCCCCCGGGUCCUAGACCAGGAGACCCCAGUCCUCUGCCUCUCAGGGCCUGCUGGUGGUGGGGAGGAACGGGGACGGAGUCCCCAAAAGCGAGUACAGGGUGGGCGGGAAAUCUCAGGAGUCAGAUGUCUGUGAUUUGACCCUCAUUAAACGGUGUGGGA